CGACCAUGUUGACAGAGAAGUACAACAAAGGAGACGAGCUGCUUGUAGUGACAUUACACACUUUCUAAAUACCACACUGAUAAACCAUUAAUUCACCUCAGAUAUAACGAAGCAUACAGCAUCGACAAAAGCAAAGGGUUGCACAGGUGUGGGAAUAACUGGAAGACGACACAGGAAAGGAUCUACUACUCCAUACCUCCCAUUUACACAUACCCUACUCACUUAUAUUCAUAUUUACAUCUCUGACUACUCCGCAAGCAUAGACUUGCAAGCUUAAACAGAAGAUUAUUUAAGGAACUGAAGGCGAUACUUGUGUUUGGUCCUGUUUGGCCUUUGGACUGCAGUCAUCCUGAAGUGUUGCUUUGUCUAUGAACAUUCCCAAUUUUGAAUGUGACUGAUUCAACCCUCAGAUGCUGUGGAGUGAAUCUUGCCUGCCAGACAAAUGUAUAGAUGAACUGAACCUGGACUGUGAUCUAAACAGGAUAUCAAACAAUUUAAAAAGCACAAGAACUAAUCUGUUUAAGUGUCUAUUGCAAAAGUAAGACAAAAAGUCAUUCAGGUCAGAAGAGCAGUAUUUAUGCUAAAGGUCUUUCCUUAGUUCAGAUUGCCUUAGCUGUUCUUUUGCAGGACUAGUCAUCAAUCACACCUGUUCAGGUAUAAUUUUCUAUACUGUGUGCAGGUGUACUAUAUUUAUGCACAUAAAUAUUUAUUUCUCUUCUUUUGGAAGAGCUUUCCUGUUAAAUCUUCUGUGACAGCAGUUGCUCUUAUUUAAAGAGAUAAGCUGUACAUUGAGUUUGUAAAUAUCUCAUAAGAUUCUUAAUUGAAGAUUUUUACUGAGACCUUGUGGACACUGUAAAUGCUUUAUUAGAUCUUAUAUAAACAUUGGUAAGGCAUUAAAAAGAGUGAAGAAAAAAAAACAAACUUCAGAGAACAAAAAACCUUUAAAGAAGUGAUCAAACGGCAACAAGGAUGGAGAAUGUUAGCCCUGCUGUCAUGGGAAUGAACCAACACAACAGGCAGUUUAAAGGCCAGCCUAAAAUAACCUCUCAAGUAGGACCCCAAACCGCACCCCAAGGAGUUCAACCUGGAAAAGAACAUGCAGGAACCCAGAAACCAGCCAAUGCCUCUCGAGAAAGAACUGGCAUCAGGUUUGGUGAUGACUGGAAAAAGAGUCUAGAGCUCCCCCCUACGGACAACAGAGUCAAAACUUCUGAUGUCACUGCCACAAAAGGAAAUGAGUUUGAGGACUACUGCUUGAAGAGAGAGUUACUGAUGGGCAUCUUUGAGAUGGGCUGGGAAAAGCCCUCCCCCAUUCAGGAGGAGAGUAUCCCUAUUGCUCUCUCUGGCCGUGAUAUACUGGCUCGUGCCAAAAACGGAACAGGAAAGAGUGGUGCGUACUUGAUUCCCCUACUGGAGAGAAUUGACCUGAAAAAGGACUACAUUCAGGCCAUAGUGGUAGUUCCCACCCGUGAGCUCGCACUGCAGGUCAGUCAGAUCAGUAUUCAGAUUAGUAAGCACCUGGGUGGCGUUAAAGUCAUGGCAACCACAGGUGGGACCAACCUACGAGAUGACAUCAUGCGCCUGGAUGAGACGGUUCAUGUUGUUAUAGCAACACCAGGCCGAAUUUUGGACUUGAUUAGAAAGGGUGUGGCCAAAAUGGAUAAAGUUCAGAUAAUGGUUAUGGAUGAGGCUGAUAAGUUGCUCUCUCGGGACUUUAUGGUUCUUAUUGAGGACAUCAUUGGUUCCCUUGCAAAGAACAGACAGAUUCUACUUUAUUCGGCCACCUUUCCCAUUAGCGUACAGAAGUUCAUGGUGAAGCACCUGCAGAAGCCCUAUGAGAUUAAUCUGAUGGAAGAAUUAACUCUGAAGGGCAUUACCCAGUACUAUGCUUACGUCACAGAGAGACAGAAAGUGCACUGUCUCAACACACUGUUUUCCAGGUUGCAGAUCAAUCAGUCCAUCAUCUUCUGUAACUCUACUCAGAGAGUGGAACUUUUGGCCAAGAAGAUCACCCAGCUGGGCUACUCCUGCUUUUACAUUCAUGCAAAAAUGAUGCAGGAAUAUAGAAACCGUGUUUUCCAUGACUUCAGAAAUGGACUCUGCAGAAAUCUUGUCUGCACAGAUUUGUUCACUAGAGGCAUUGACAUCCAGGCAGUAAAUGUGGUCAUAAACUUUGACUUCCCCAAGAAUGCAGAGACCUAUCUGCAUCGCAUAGGACGCUCAGGAAGAUUUGGACAUUUGGGUUUGGCUAUCAAUCUCAUUUCCGCUGAGGACCGCUUUAACAUGAAGGCCAUCGAGGACCAGCUGAUCACGGACAUCAAACCCAUUCCCGGCAGCAUUGAUAAGAGCCUGUAUGUGGCAGAGUUCCACUCUGUUAACCCUGACUGUGAGGUGGAAGCAGAGGAGGGAGAGACCCAUCGCCCUGGCAGAGAGCCUCAAGCCUCUUAAUCACCACCAUUAGAGCAGGACAAUAAGAGAAACUGAACCUGGCGUUUGCACAAACCAGUUACUGCUCCGCUCAUGUUUUCCCCCUGCAACUUGCCAAUGUUUUGUUCAUUUUUACAUUAAUUGUUCAUUGUUUUGAUCCUUGUGUCUGUCAGACUUUGUAGUAUGCUUUGCACCAGAGACCAAGACUGAUUAUACCUCUAUAUGAAUGACCACGCACAUUCCAGUUGGUCCAAUGGAGACUUGCAAUAAAAACCUAUUCAGAUAAGUGUUCCUGUUUGAUAGGAUAAAUAUGGGCGUUUUGAAAAUAUAGAGUUGCAUGGAUGCAUCAUUAGUCUGUGCUCACGGUGCAAAUGGUGCAGACUGUUCACUCGCUCUAAGAAUUUAAGCAACGCAUGAGUCUUUAUGAGACAGUCUCCCCAUAUUUUGUCCCACACACACAAGAGCGAAGUGUUUUUAACCCAAGUGCCUUAAUAUGUCGCCUCUGUCUUAGAUUCAUAUUUGUCAUUUCUGGAUGUUGAAGUAUUUUUAAAGGCUGAAAUGCAGAUGCAUUGAUGCUACUUGAUUCUAUGAAAGAAUCAUUAGUAUUUCCAACAAGAGGAGCAUUUUCAAAGGUGUCAAGUUGUCAACUCAGAGGAUUGCACUAUAUUUGUGAUGAGUUCAUGGCAGUCUCUUUACAAAUUUUUUUGGAGAACUGUGUAAACUGUUAGGAAACAUGGAAGGUAAACAGUGAUGGUUUCAGUACAAAUGGGCACUCCAAAAUCUGUAAGAACUUGUAGUUAUACUGCAUUAAAGUUAUACAUGUCCAGUGCAGUUUUUUUAUAUAGUGAGAGGCUUUUUUUAAAUAUAAUUUUGAAAACAUUCUUAUAAAGUUUAGCAAUACAGAGGUGAGAUAUUACUAAUUUAACAGGGUCAUGUCAAAAAGCAUGGCAUAAUGUGAAAUACAGCAGACUACUACUUGAAAAUUGAAUCAAAAUAUAUUGAAUCUCACCACAAAUAAAAAUCAAUUCAUGUCAAGGAUGACAGAAGGCUGAAUGGAGUCAUCAUAGAUUAUCAUAAACAGUCCUUAAAGAUAUGCACAACUACAUCAAAAGAUUCCUCAAAACGGUCUGUUUGGUUGAUUUCAGUUUAAGAUUGGUGAGAAGACACCAAAUCUAAAAGGUUAGUCAAGUGCUCUGUGCAAAGCAUUUGGACUGAUAUUGAAACGUUCUUUCAUACCAAAAGGCUUUAGCCAACUACACAUUUGGAAAUUAUAUUUUCUGAAAAUGUUAUUCUUUUACCUUUUGCAUUUAUUUUGAUAUGAAUGAAUGUAUAAAAUUAGUUAAUGAAUGAACUCAUGAUAUUUUAUAUUUCAAGAUAUUUUACAUUUUUUUGCCAAAAUGUUGGCUUUCACCUUCUACUGAAUUUUGCAUUUGGUCCAUUCUCUGUCUAGUCUAUUAUUUUUUUUUUUUUUUUUUUUUUUUUUGAUGGUUCAAAAUCUUUACAUGUCAGGAAGAAAGUAACUUUCCUGUUAAUGUCAAAAAGCCUUUCUUUCAUCUCCUUUUGGAUGCUUGUAAGUGGCUUUUUGUAAUCCAGUGUUGCAUUUAUAUAAUGGAUGUUUUUUUGUUUGUUUGUUUGUUUUCAGAUCAGAUUUGUUUGUUUUUAAGUAUAGCAAAAUUGUAGCAUCUUCUAAGUGGCAGCUGUGAUAUUUCUCCAAGAGAUGUUCCUUUUAUUGAAACCAGUGGGAAAAAAAUACUUUUGGGCCAUUUUUAUUUUUUGUCAGUUCUUGCUAAGCAGUGAUAUGUUUUCUUUAUUGCAGAAAACUCAGUUUACAUUUAGCUAUUAAUGAGCAUUUCCGAGUUAAAUUAGGAGACAUUGAGCCAGACUAAAAAUCUCUGCUGAGGAUAUUGUGUUUUUGAAACACGGGUUUCUCAAAAAAUUUAAGGCAUAUACAAAUUUAGCAUAUUUCAAAACCUUCACCAAAACUUUUAUUUGUACUCUAAAUGGAGUUAAAUUCUUUAAGCAUCCAGUUGUUGUUGUUUUUGAAAAAAAUACAAAUAAAAUGGUUCACUGCAAUUAAAAGAAGUUUAAAAAACAGCAGGAGAUAUGGGUGUGAUAGGGAGGCAGAUUUUGUGGGACAGAUUAUUUUUAUCUAAUGCUGAAUGUCAGGACAAAAACUGAAGCAAAACCAAAAAUAUGUUUCUGGAGUGUGCAUGUGUGCAUAUUUUUUUGGGUGGGUGUACAUGUAAGUUACCCUGUUUGUUACUCUGAUUGAUGGAAGAAUGCUUUUGUGUGUGUACGUGUGCAUGUGUGGGGGUCUGAUUUGAGAAUAAUACUGACAUGUUUGUUUUUGUAUCUAAUGUUCAUUUUCUUUAAAUAGCUUGAGGGUUAUAGUUUGUAUUGUAGUAUGGAAGAGAAUGUGUGUACCAUAAGUUCAGUAUAUUCAUAUCAGAUGUUGCAGAGUUAAAGCGAAGAACUGAGCCAUUACCUUGAUCAAAACAUCACAGACCGCAUAAAUUGGUUUAAGUAACCAUGCACCGGGGGAAUGUAUUUGCAUCCAAAACAUUUCUUAUAUUUUAUGUACAGAGGCAGCUCCUUUGCUCUAAAAAUUGUUAAAACUGUUUCCUAUAAAAAUGAUUGUUGCACCACAAUGUAUAUCGUUAGUAAAGAAUACAAAUAUUUUCAAUUAAAUAUCAUUCUUAAAAUAUGUUCUAUUUAGCAUGAUUUCUUUUUCUGAUUUAACUUGUUCAAUAACAAAAGUAUAGUGAGAAAUCAAAUGUGUUCAGAAAUCUUUUGUAUGUCGAAAUCCAUACAUCUUUGACCAUGAAUAUGUUUUCUGUUUCUAUGUAUUUUUAUAUCUGCCUCAACAAGGGAAGAGAGAAGAAAUGUGCUUAUUGAUACGCUCUGAACUUAGCUGUGAUGUCUUGGCUUGGUUUGUCCACCCUGUGCUUCCAGUCAUUUUAUUCCCAAGUUACUGCUGUUUAACUAAAUCUAUGCAACAUUACUGCUCAUUAAAGCAUAGUUUUGCAAUGAAAAUCCAAUUGGAAAUUGCAGCAGUCACCUAGUCCUGGGUUGGAUUUGAUGAUGAUAAAGUUACCAUGUGGUCUGUGGACCAUCAUCAGUUUAUUAUUUGUUUAAUAAUAAAAAAUAAAAAAACAA